CUAUAAGACGACUAUCCUUUUGAGUCUGCCACUUGCUGCACAGUUUCUGCUUCUGAGUUAGGCCAGAAACAGCCAUGGCGAGUGAAUCCUCGUCCAUGAUCCCUCCUAUCCAUCUUCAGCCUCCAUCAGUCGACUUCAUUGACAACCAGCUCCCACAACACCACGGCGUGUUCAGGAACACCAACGCGCACUUCGAUCACAUGUUGCAGAGAUAUGUAUCAGACACAACAUCAUCAAAUGAUCAAGCCUUGGUCGAAAGCGAUGCCAAUGGCGAGGCCACCAACGAGCUUGCUCCGUUAUGUCAGAUGGGAGACGUCGGAGACCCUGAAAAGUUCUGGGGUCUCGUGUUUACUGACGCAAUGACCGCCUUCGUUACCAAAUAUCCAAACGAGCCCGACGGGAUCAGCAAGCUAGGCUAUAGCAUCCGCUCCCAGACGACGUGGAAAGGCAUCAACGAUCAGCUUCAUAAAGCACGACAAGUUUAUGACGGUUCUCAAAAGCAGUUCCGGGGUUGGUGUAAGAGGACGAUGCGCAAGAUAGGGGACAAUGCCGCUGAGCCGGCAACGAAUAUUAUCAGCCUCAUUCCCAACAUUGAAUACGUUUCUCCGGUAUUGGGAGCGGUGCAGCUGCUUCUCAACGCAUACAAAGUGGCGUCUGAGGUACGAGAAAAGGUCACCUCGAGCUUUGAUGAGACGGAGGUUCAGGAGCUCUUCAACAACGCCGAAGUCUACAUAAUCACGUUUCCAGACAGCAGUCGCAUCAAGGAUUCGACCAUAGCCCUAGUAGUAGCGGUGAUGAAGGCGAUUGAGGAUGCCAUUGGCUUCUUCUUGUCCAAGCAAAAAGUUCAGCAGUUCCAGAUGGACACCAAGCAAGACUCAAAGCAGACCAAAGUCGUGCUCAACGACAUCCACCAGUUCUCCGCCGAAGCAUGCAACAACGUCCUUAUCAUGCUCAACGACGCCGAGGAGAACAAGAAGCGACAAAUGCAGAUCCUCGCAAACCAGGAAAACAUCCUCAACAGACUCGCCAUCAUGGAGGAGAUUUCCAGGGCUUCGACCCCUGUCCCCCCAGACCCGUCCAUUACAUGGCAGAGCCAGCAUAUCGCGAGCUUCAACUCUCAGUUCCAGCUUUAUGCGGCACCGCCAGUACACUACCACACAUAUUUUCAGCCGAUUCAGCAACCGGUCAUCAUGCAAAAAGGCCAAAUAGCCUGGUUCGACGCACUUGCGGAUCCAAACUAUCCGAGACCAAUAUCACCGCAACGGAGAAUCGUCAACUCGUCGAGCAUUCUCGAGAUUCUCAUCAUCCCGCUCAAUCUCGACAGCGUAGACCUCCAGACCGUCAAGGACUACAGUUACCGACUGCCGAGGAAAUACCACGCACGAGCCGUGCAAGUGACGCAGACGCGAGAAUUCCGUCAAUGGAUUGUCACGCCUACUUCAACACGGCUGCUCAUCCACGGCGACUUUUCACCACAUGGUCUGGAUUCACACAGAGUCUCACCGCUGUCAUUCUUUUGCUUCUUAUUAGUACACAUGCUCCGCGCGCGAGAGAGAUACAUUACUCUUGUCUUCUUCUGCGGGUUCCACGUCGAAGAGGAAGACGGCAAUCCAGCCUUCAUCCUUCGAGAGGCCGCACACACCUCCACCAUCGGUACGGCUCUGCGGUAUGAUCCUCAAACGAACGUGACUCGCGGCGUAUUACAGUUCAGCACUUCUAAAUUUCAGCAUCAAUUACACAGCAAGUUGGAGGUUCCCCGCCGGAUGCUGGAGGAAAGAGCCGAGUUCGUGUUGAGCAAUAUCGAAUGCGCAGCUGUGUAUGACGGCCUCAAGGAACGGAUGGAAGCGCAACAGACUGUCCUCUUCAACCUCCUUGCCCAGUCUGAUAAUCGCAUCAAUAUCGGCCUUGCCCAAGACUCGAAGGAGAUGGCCAUUGCCAGCAAGCAGGACAGCUCAGCCAUGAAGAUUAUAGCCCUGCUCACCACCUUUUUCUUACCGGGCACCUUUAUUGCAUCCUUCUUCGCCAUGCCACUCUUUGACUGGUCCGCUCCUACGCUUAGCCGAGUCACAAACCGGCACUUUUGGGUCUACUGGGCCGUGACCGGCCCUCUGACUCUGGCUAUCAUGGUGGGCGUCAUGGUGUGGGCGCUCUGGCACAAUCGCUACGUCGAGCGGCUGCAGAAGACCGCCAGAGAGAGUGUUGGUAAACGUGCGGCAGGAGACAACGGCCAGAACACAGACGAUAGUCAAAAGUCCGGAAGUGAAGAAGACGAAGGUCAAAACACAGACACGGAGCAAAGCCCGGAAAGGGAUGCAGAAAAGACGGGAUUUCGCCAAAAGUACUCUUUGCGCGGUCUUCUUCAUCGUCAGAAACGCCAGUCUGCGACAGCAGAAGCUGAGCCAUGA